AACAUUUGAGAUGAGAAUCAUGAGAUGAUGAGAGGGUUCUGAACUUUGGGCCAUCCUUCAGUCAUCUUGUUGAUCCCAGAUGGAGAGGACGAGGGAAUUCCUGGUUCGUGGAGAUAGCGAAUCGAAGAGCGUUUCGGCGCUGGAGGUCCGGCCACACCGCGCUGGUCUCGCCGCUAGUUUCUUCGAAGCCUUGGCUCUUCGAGGCAUCCGAGUGGACAGCAUCCAGCGUGGAUCUCUCACCUGCACCUUCACGGUCCCUCCCAGACUUACGGGUGUUGACGGGAACUUGUCUGCUGGUGCGAUAGCAAACCUAGUGGAUGAGAUUGGAGGGGCCGUCAUACUUGCUGAUGGUCAGCACACCAAGGUCUCCGUCGACAUGUCCAUCUCCUACAUGUCUGCGGCCCGGAUCCAUGAUGAGUUGGAGAUCACGGCCAAGGUUUUGGGCCACAAAGGAGGCUACUCUGGAACUUCCGUGCUAAUGAAAAACAAAGCAACAGGAGAUGUUGUGGCUGAGGGUCGGCAUUCUUUGUUUGGUAAUCUUCUAAGCAAGAUUUGAUUGUUGAUUUCUGAAAUCAAUUUAUUGAACCUUGUGUACACUCCUUUAUAAUUAAGAUGACAAGGGGAGCAGUUUGAUUAUGAAUACAUAAAUAACACUUUCAGAAAUCCA